AUGCGUUACGCUUUCAUCUCCUCGGCUCUCAUCGCCAGUGUUUCGGCACACGGCCUCGUCCUCCGUAUGGAGGGCGCCAACAAUGUCACCAUGCCUGGCCUUUCCGUCACUGAUGGCACUCCUCGGGACUGCACCUCCAACGGCUGCGGCUCCCAGGCCGACACGUCCAUCAUCCGGGACCGUGACAUGAGCCAGGGCAAGGCCAGUGCCCUGGGCCGCACCCAGGGCAACGGCCCUGUCAAUGCCGCCACCGCCAUUGGCAACUUCAUGGGUACGAAUCAGAACGUCGCCUCCAACGCUGGCCAGACCGGUGUCGGUCAGGAGGACGACCUGUCUGGUCUCGCCGGUAAACAGCGCCGCGAUGCGCACAAGACGUAUGCCAGGGGCCUCCUCGACGGUCUCCUGGGCGGCGGUGCUGCCGGUGCUGGCCUUGGCGGCCUCCUCGGCGGUGCUGCUGGCGGUGGCGGCCAGAAGGGCCUUCCAACUGCCGAUGAUCAAGGCAUGGUCACCAUGGUCUACCGACAGAUCAACCAGGAUGGCGCCGGUCCUCUCUCUGCCGCCAUGGAUGGCACCUCUGGCGGCACUGACCCCAACGCCUUCAAGAACGCCCAGGUCAUGCAGGACGUCCCCGGCCUCGGCGUCGGUGGCCUGUCCCUGGCCACUAAUACCGACUUCCCUGUCAAAGUCCAGAUGCCCCAGGGCAUGACCUGCGACGCCACCGUCGGCGGUGCCCAGAACGUCUGCAUCGUCCGCGUCCGCAACAGCGCCGCGGCCGGCCCGUUUGGCGGCUCUGCUGCCUUUACCCAGACCCCCGCCGCCCGCAAACGCGCCAUCGCCUUCCGCCUCAGGAAGCGCGCCGAGCUCGCUGGCGAGGCAGACCCCCAGACUUUCGAGGAGGCCGUCAAGGCUGAGAACGCCGAGGAGGGUGACCUCGACAAGCGCUUCCGCCUCGGCCAGCCCGCCGACGCCCAGUCCAUUGCUGCCGCCAAUAAGGCCGAGGAGGACGAGGAUGAGGCCGGCCUCAACAAGCGCUUCCGUCUCGGACAACCCGCCGAUGCCGCCUCCAUCGCCGCCGCCAACAAGGCCGAGGAGGACGAAGACGAGGGUGGCCUCAACAAGCGCUUCCGUCUCGGACAACCCGCCGAUGCCGCCUCCAUCGCCGCCGCCAACAAGGCCGAGGAGGAAGAGGACGACUAA